AUGGCCGAGUAUAACGAAUACAAUAUUUCCAAAUUCAACGAUAAGUCUUUAUCCCCAAACUCUGCCCAAACUCGUGAAAAAUCUCCAACAAAGUCUUCUUACUCGUCUCUUCGUGUAGGCUCACCUAUAAGGUUCCAAUAUCUUAAUAUAAGGCCUAGAAGUUCAUAUGUAACUGCACCAAGCACCAAAAAAAUAGGCCCACCUGAUUCCACAAGCUCUCAUUUAGGUCCAGGACGAUAUUACCACGCGCCCAAUGCGUCAGGCCCAUCAUUUGAAUUUUCAAGGAGUUCUCGAUUCCAAGAUCAAGCGAAUUUAAGUCACGACAUUUCUCAAUUCUUAAAACAAAGGCAACAAUUAUUUGAAGAAAAAGAAAAUUAACUUAUUAUUUGAUGUUUAAGGUGUCCUGAGUCCCUCCCUAUUGAAAGGGACUAGUAGUUAUGUCACGGACUAUCCUGUAACCCUAAAUGGCGAACAUAUGGGCAAGCAUUCCUUGGCAUGCCGCAAUCAUUUAUAGCUGCACUUCUCACCCGUGAGGGAGUAAAGGGUAAAAACUGAGCCUCUUGAUGCACUAGGAGCAGCUCCUCUGGCUAUCCCAAAGUUAAACUGCUGGUGGUGUGGUGCAGGAGCUCUCAAGGUAAAACCAAACUCCAUAAAUAAAAUUCCAUGAGGGAAAAAAAUUAGCAGAGCCAAUUUCUCUCGAGUCGAAUGCCAUUUUAUUUAUUAAGAAAAAGAAACCAAAAAAAUUGAAGAAAAUAAAGACAUGCGAAAAUAUUCUCCUGACCAAAAAAUUUUAAGAGCAAAAUCUAUGUCAAGACGGCAGAGGGCAAGAAGUGAUAUAGCAAGACAAGCAAAAAACUGCAUUUAUGAAGCUGUGAAGAAAGAUCGACAAGAACAGCUUGCAGAGAAAUUCAAAAAACUUGAUAUGAGGAUGAGGAAAAAUGAAGUCUUUAAGGUUAGGCUGUCAUGAAUUGCUAUUUUUACUAUGUUUGGGAGCGCUAAUGUUAUAAGGGUUAAUUAGUAUUAUUACUUUAUGGUUACCGCCCAAUUCAUUAACCAAACCCUUCCUUAUCAAACUUCUUUUUUUCAAAAUGUCCGAUAUGAGACAAAUAGAGGAGAUGUUGAAGCACUUGAGAGAAACUAGAAGAGCGAUAAAAUUUUGGCUAUUGCGUCAGUCAAGGCUUGACCGGUCCUUUGGGCAAGUUCAAAGGAAGACUUAGGCUAUUUUAAUAAAACCCGCCCAUAAGGGCCAGUCGGUGGGGCUAGAUUUGAAUAAACCUCCCUUCCAAAUACAAAGUUUUUUACAAGGGUUAAACUUAAAAGGAAAAUUCAAUUAAGAAGGCGUGCUAUGGCAACAUUAAAAUGGCUUAGACAAGUUUCGAAAUGUGUAGGAAAAAUUGCGAUUUUGGGAAGGAAGAUUAGGAGGAUUAGGGCAAAUAGAGUAAACUUUAUAUAGGUUCUUCAGUUUCAUUUGGUGAAUCGUGCUAAGCGGUGGCUAAAGAAGAGAAGAGAGAGAAAUAUGAACACUAUAGUUAAUAUGAUUGAAACCUCAAUUACCUCUUCAGUGAUGUUAAAAACAAUGUUCAGUUGACAACAAAAAGUGAUUAAUAUUGGUUAAUUUUCACAGCAACUACAACAUAAAAACUUUUUAUCUUUUUUGACCUAUUUAUAUUUAAUCCAUAAUUUUUGCAAUGUUUUUAGGCUUUUUUGCCUAUUUUUUAAUCUACUUUUAUUUACCGAUUUAUUUUAGACUCAAAAUUUACCACAAUAUUUCUUUUGGACAGCAGACAAAACUAGAUAUAAAAAUAUUUAGUGCGGGUUUAUACUCAAAACAAAUUAGCCAAAAUAAGCAAAAAUAAAUAAGAAAAAAGAAUAUGCUAAAACCAGCCCAAAAAGGCAAAAAAAUUUUUUGCUGGUGGAAUAAUAUGAGGUCACUUAAUAUUUAGCUUUAUGCAAUCCAAAGAGGCAUGAAAAGAUUUAUAAUGAUGAAAAGAACUUAUUAUUUUGUAUGGCUUAAUAAAUGGAAUGAAACUGAGCACGAAAUUUUUGAGAAAAAUCCUGUGCGAAAAGGGAAAAGAAGAAAAACAAUUAAAGAAAAAACACAAAAAACUGGGGCGUCAUCAAUUCCAGAAGAAAUAAAAGAAAUUUAUAUUAGAGAAUAUGCAAGAAAAAGAGUCAAAGAAUACAAUGAGAAAUAUCAUAGAUAUGUUAUAGAAACUCAAAACCUGAAUGAGUACAUUGAAACUCAUCUUAAAGGGAUUGGUUCCUGAAAUAGUGAAAUUGAUAAAAUAACUUAUCCAAGCCGGCCUAUAGCUCCUAAUAUUUCAAGUGAGCUUACUAAAGAUCUAAUGUCUGAAAUGAUUCAUUCGGCAGAAAGAGACAGAAUGAAAUGGAGCCAAAUAAUAGAAGCAGAACAGAAAAAGAUUUUAAUGUCAAAAAAAUAA